AAGCCAUACUGGAACCAAUUUACUGACCUUUUUAAUAAAGGUUUUGGAUCAAUGGAGUAUCAAGCAAAAGGUAGUUGCUGUGGUUAGGGACAAUGGUCCCGAUAUUACGUGUGCACUGAAUUUGUCCGAGUUCACAGCAAUCCCCUGUGUGGCACACACACUUCAAUUAGUGAUCAAAGAUGGUUUCUUUAACAAUGCCAGGAUUUCUAAUGUUGUGACCAAAUGCAAGAAAAUUGUUGGUAGCUUUAAGCAUUCUGCGAAAAACACUAAGUUACUGAAAAGUUACCAGGCUCAGUUAGGUGUCCCAAGUCACAAACUCAUUCAAGACGAACCAACUAGAUGGAAUAGCACUUUUUACAUGCUAAAACGCUUGCAUGAACAGAAGCAAGCUCUAAUUCUUGUUGGGAGCAAUCCUGAGACUAAGCUGUCCACUGAAAUUACCAAUGAAGAUUGGAAAACUAUUGAGUAUGCAGUCGACAUCUUGGAAAUUUUUGAGAAUGCAACCUUGCAGCUUAGUAAGGAAACAUCGACAAUUUCUGAGAUUAUACCAAUGAUACACACAAUUCAACAUGUAUUGGAAACUCGUGCACCUCAGGGAUCAGGACUACAAGGUCUGAAAAAUGACUUAUUAGCUUCAUUGAAGAGAAGAUUUAUGGACAUGGAGGAAAAUCGAACUUAUGCAUGUGCGACACUACUUGAUCCCAGGUUCAAGUCAACACCGUUCAAAAAGAAAGAUAAUUUUGAAAUGGCAAAGAUUCAUGUCCUGGAGGAAAUGAAGACAUUUUCAACUCCGACGUCGGAAGCAGCACCACCACCGGCUCCACAAGAAGAUACCCAACUGAAAAGGAAAGGUUUUUGGGCACAGUACAUGGAAGCGUUUGGCCAGGAAGAACAUACUGGUGAUGGAGAUCAGGAAAAGUCCUUGGAAUCAGAAGUCAACGCUUAUUUGAAUGAAAAAACUUUUGACCCUAAACAGGGCCAAAAAAUCGCCGAGUAUUGGUCAGUAAGCUCCCACAAACAUCUGCGUAAGUUGGCGUACAAAUAUUUGUGCAUGCCACCUUGCACAACUUUCAGUGAAAGGCUUUUUAGUGUUGCGGGAAACAUUUCGGACACAAAACGAAACAGGUUAGAUCCUGACAGAGUAAAAAUGUUGGUAUUUUUGAACCGAAACCUAGAAUAAAUCAUUCUUGUUAUGGACGGUUUGAAAAAAAAUAGGCCUAACAUGGUUAUGCAUUUUAUUUGAUUACAAAUCA